AAAAAAAAAGGAAAAAUAAGAGAGAGAAAGAGUGAGAGAGAGAGAGAGAGAGAAGCAGAGGUUACAGAGCCUCCAUCGCCCUUCUUCUUCUUUAACCUUCGUCUCUCUUCGCCGAUCGGAUCAUACAAUCCCUAAUUUUUUUAUUUUUGGAAAAUCCCAUAUUUUACAUUUGCGAAACCUUGAAUUUUGCAACUCUCAAUCUUUCUCUUUCUCUUCCCGAUUUUAUUUUAUUUUUAAUCAAAAUUUUGUUCUCCUAUUUUUCCUUUUCUUUUUUUAGUUUUUUCGCUGUCGAUCAACUUGUCGACUUAGGGGAAAGAAAGGGGAAAAGCGAAAGGAAAAUCCAGUUUUGUUUGAUUAGGGUUUGAUAUGGCUGCAAAUAUUAAUACGGCUAAUUUCAAUACCUCCGCUGCAGUGACAGCUGCUAAUCACUCUCCCAGUAGCCCUAACCAAUCACAUCGUGCUACGAGGGUGGUUUCUUCGCCCUGGACUCAAAUCGUCCGCGGAGAAUCAGAGCCGAUCGCGGGUGUACCUUUGUCGCCUUCGACCUCCUCUUCGUCUUCACCAUUGGCGGCUGUGAUUGAGCCACCUGUUAACGCCGCGGUCGAAGAGGAAGGCGUGGAGAAUGGGGGUUCUGGUCCCAAUGGCAAUGCCGGUAAGAGGCCGGCUUGGAACAAGCCUUCUAACGGGGCUGCGGAGUUUGGGGCUGUUAUGGGGGCGCACAUGUGGCCUGCUUUGUCUGAGUCCGCUAGGGUUUUCUCCAAAUCUUCUUCAGACUCAUCCAAAGCUUCACCGGAUGGAUCAUCUUCUCCUGCUGUCCCCGUUUCUCAGGGGAGUGGAAAUGCAUUGUCUUCGUCUUCACAGAAACAAGUCAGCAACAAUGUAAACUCGAAUUCAAAUGCGACUCCAAACAACGCAAUGCCUGUCCGCCAGAGGUUGAUGAAGCGAAAUAGUAAUAACUCGGCAUCAAAUGGUGGCCUCACUCAGCCUCAGCCUCAACCUCAAGGUCCUGUAGCUGAAGCAACUGCGAAUAACCCUUCUAGGGACCACAUACAGAGAGGUGGAUUUGUGUCACAGCCUCAUAGUGGUGGUAAUGAUCACCCACACCCUCGGAAUUCAUUCAGAAAUCGUAAUGGUGGUCCACAUCCAAGAGGAGAUGGUUCUCACCAUCAGAAUUAUGGAGGAAGGCGCAAUCAAGACCAUGGAAAUCAAGAUUGGAAUGGUCGAAACUUUAAUAGUAGGGAUGGCCACAUGCAGCCAAGAGUUGUUUCCAGGUUAAUGAGGCAUCCACCACCACCUCCACCGCCUAAUACUGCACCAUUUAUUACUCCCCCGCCAGUGCGGCCUUUUGGCACCCCCAUGGGGUUCCCUGAAUUGCCAUCUCAUGUUUAUUUACUCCCAGCCCCUCCUCCAGAGUCACUUAGAGGAGUGCCCUUUGUUGCACCAAUGCCACAGGUGUUUUUCCCUGCUCCAGAACCUCAAGACCAUCAGUUGCAUGCUAGGAUAGUGAAUCAAAUAGAUUAUUAUUUCAGUAAUGAAAAUCUAAUUAAGGAUACAUACUUGCGGCAGAACAUGGAUGACCAGGGCUGGGUUUCUAUUAAAUUAAUAGCGGGCUUCAAAAAGGUUUCAUUUUUGACAGAUAAUAUUCAGCUUAUAUUGGAUGCUCUGCGAAGUUCGACAGUUGUGGAAGUGCAGGGUGACAAAGUAAGGAAGCGGAUUGAUUGGAUGCGAUGGAUAAUGCCACCUUCUGUUCAGUUCCCUACCAUGUCUGGCCAGGACAUGCUGGUGUCCCGUGUUCAGAAUAUUUCAUUGGAUCAGAGAACUGCUAACCAGAGCGGUGCAAGGAGCCAAGAAGAUGCUUAUGCUGAUGGACUAUCAGGUAGAUCAUUAUCCGGGGACUUCAGUAAUCAGUCACGCCUAUUCAACAGUGAGGGAGCUGCUGUCAGUGCUCCAGUGAAUAAUUCAAAUUAAAGCUAAAUGUGCUCUGAUGCACAUUUCCUUGCUAAAAUUUCUGGAAGACAGAGAAGAGGAUGAUUUUGACACCGUUGGUGAUUAUCUUGCCUUUCUUGCAGAUAGUGGUUUUGCUUUGCACGAUGAAAUUCGAUUUCUUUGUGCUGCAAAUUUGAGCAAACGUUACGAGAAGAAAACAAAAGGAAAACGACUUUUAGAAAAAGCAAAAAAAAAAAAAAAGGCAGAAUAUUUGAAAAAAAAGAAAGAAUUUGAACCUUUUAGACUUGAGCUAGUAGCACCAAAUUAUUGUGGCUGUAUGUAUUGGUUUUUUUUUUGUUUUUUCGUGGGGGAUGUUGCCUUUUCCUUUACUAGUUGUGGUGGCGUGGUUGGUGUUUCAAAUCUGGGGGAAUUUUGAUUUACUUCCCCUUUGCUACCCCCUCA